AUGAUGAUCAUUUCUGAGUUUCAUCAUUUCAUCUUUUACAACAAAAAGUCCUUGGUAAGGAUGUGGUACCUUAUCGUGGUACCAAGGUUAAGUACUUUGUAUUGUCGGAGGAAGCCACAAGUCAACGACGUUUUUCUUUUGGAAGACCCGUUGGCCCUUAGGCUACGGCGUUACACAACACCGGAGCCAGCCGUAUCGUACUGGGGCAGAAAUAUAUCCAAGAAGGUCCUGGGGCACGUGUCGACGUGCUAUCAGCAGUAUCACCCGCACCAGGUUGCUGCCGAGUGGUGUCUGAUGUAG